AUGUCACGUCCGCGGGCGUUGUCGGGCGCUGAUGCCCCGAAAGAACCUCAUGCCGUCUCCCUCAAAGUGCUACGCCUUGCGCGGCCGUCGCUUUCUUAUCAGUACCCCCUCCCGGCCUCCAACUCCACAAUCUCAACGAAAGCUUCCCUAAGCUAUCCAUCCGGCGGCUCGGAUGAUCAAUUCAUAUUAGCACCUCUUCUUACUCUACCUCCCUCAUUCGGAUCUGUCUACGUCGGAGAAACCUUCGGAUGCACCCUGAGUGCGAAUAAUGAGAUCGAUAGCGGGGAUGAAGGGAAAGUCCUUACAUCAGUGCGCAUAGUGGCGGAGAUGCAAACGCCUUCUUCAGUUGCAGCACUGGAGCUGGAGCCAUCCAGCGACUCAGCAUCCACCGAUGGUCUUAAGAUCGGCGAGUCAUUACAAAAGAUCGUACGAUUUGAUUUGAAGGAAGAAGGCAACCAUAUACUAGCUGUGAGUGUUAGUUAUACAGAGACACGGAUCGGGUCAGACUCGCAGGCGGCAAGUGGUCGGGUCAGGACGUUCCGCAAGCUAUACCAAUUCGUGGCCCAGCCUUGUUUGAGCGUCCGGACCAAGGCAUCCGAACUUCCGCCACUCGAGGUUGAGAAUAAGUCACUUGGUCCGUAUGGGAAAAGAAGGUUACUCCGAUUCGCCCUGGAGGCACAGUUGGAGAACGUGGGCGAGGGCGCAGUGGUAGUCAAGCAAACAAAACUAAAUCCCAAGCCACCGUUCCACUCAAAAUCGCUCAACUGGGACACGAUCAACCCGACCACCUCGCCCGUAGAGCUACCCACACUCAACCCGCGGGAUAUUCUACAGGUGGCAUUCCUGGUGGAACAAGAAGAAGGGCAGACUGAAGGACUUGAAACUCUCCACAAGGAUCUAAGGAGGGACGGUCGUGCCACACUAGGUCAGUUGUCGAUCGAAUGGCGCGGUGCCAUGGGAGACAAGGGGUUCCUGACGACGGGCAACCUAAUGAGCCGGAAACGUACUUGA